CAUUAAGUAGUUGGUGCUCAUUGUUCGUGCUGCUAUCAGUAUUUUUUUUCUGUGUUCUUUCCUUUUUUGAUUCUGACAAUAAUUCCAUUGUGAAAUUCACAUUUUCUUCAUAUAGAAACGUAUAGAAAAAUGAGCGAUUUAAAUACAACGAAAUUUUUGAAAAUAGCUGCUGCGGUUGUAUUCCCAAAUAUUGGUGGAUGGGCCGGCAGUGUAAUAACCCGAAACAAUUUGAAACCGUGGUACGCAUCGUUAAAUAAACCAAAAUAUAAUCCGCCGAAUUGGCUGUUUGCACCUGCAUGGACGAGCAUUUAUUGUGGCAUCGGUUAUGCAUCGUAUUUGGUCUUUGAGGAUUUACUUGGUACGGGAAAUGGAUUCGAUCGCACCGCUCAAGUCGCAUUAGCAUUAUAUGCAAAUCAAAUGGCAUUAAAUUGGGCAUGGACGCCGAUAUUUUUCAAAUAUCACUCUUUAAAAUGGAGUGCCAUUGAAGUAACAGCGUUAACCGUAUCGGCAACUGCAUGCGGUAUAGCAUUCGGACGAAUUAAUCAAGUGGCAGGUUUACUUUUCAUUCCAUACGUCGCUUGGUUGGGUUUUGCCACAUAUUUAAAUGUGUCCAUCUACAAGAAGAACCAAAGUACCGACACCGCUAAAAUUACGGCAUCAAAAUCUGAUUAAAUUCUGCAAACACAAAAAAAAAAUCCGGUUCAAUCAGCAACAACAAUAAAAAUGGUCGAAAUUUGUUUAAUUAUCCAAAUAUUUAUAGAGCAACCGGGAGUGGCCAUCUAUUGCUUAUGCAUUACAAUGAAUUUUCGGAAUAUCUAACGAUUUGUAAAUGAAAUUGUAUUUUGAUAUUCUCAAUAUAAUAAAAGCACAAUAUGAAUUAUUUAUAAAAUUCAAACAUAA